AUGCCUAAAUUAAUUAAUAAAAUUAACUAUUAUGAGAAGGACACUCCCGAUAAAAGAUUAACAAAACUUCUAAUAAUUUUAGGAGACAAGAUGUCACCUCAAGAAAUUCAUUCAAAUAUUGGAAUAGUUUCAAACCUAAUUCAAACUGAAUAUGCAAAAUAUGAAAUUAAUAUAUUGAAAGCGAUAAAGAAUUGUUUUAUGGAAUUACCAACGAAAACAUUUGUUUAUGGAACUCUUAUUGGUCUUUUGAAUGUAGCUAGAUCAGAUAUAGGUGCAGCUAUAGUAAAAAUGACUUCUCAAAGUUUGCAACAAUGCUUAAAUGAAGGCAAUUGGCGUGGUGCAAAAUUAUCUCUUAAAUUUUUUGCAGAAUUGACAAAUUCAAAUGUAAUCUUGCCCAGAACAAUGUUAGAUAUUUAUGAUGAUUUAUUGACAACUUUAGAUGAACCUAAUGUUAAAAUGGUAGCCACUCGACUACAUGAUCGAAGUCCAGAUAUACUGGAGGGCAUUUUAUCUAAAAUUGAAAGAUACUUUUAUGCAAGGGAUCGAGCAAUCAAAGAAAUUGAUGGUUUAUUGGUUCUAAAUUCUGUUAGACCAUAUGUUGGCUCCAAUAUCCCUUAUGAACAAGUUGAUACCUUAGAAUUACUUUGGACUCAAAUUCAAAAAUUCAAAAAUAGCAAUUGGAAAUGCCCAAUCCUUUUGAAACCAUAUUCAGAUUAUGAUCACGUUCUGGUCACAGCAGAUCAACAUGAAGUUGAUAAGUUUAUGGUUUGUGAACUCCCGCAAUCUGCAUACACUACUUUAGUUGUUCCUUUAUUUAGAAUUUUUGAUGAAUUGGAUGAUGAGACGAAGAAUGAACAUCUUGAUAUCACAGAUAUUUCAUACUUUCUAAUUUGUGAUCUUAUUGGCGAUAUCAUAGAUAUUUUUGAAAUAAAUCGUAAAGAAUGCACCAAAUAUCUAAAAGAUAUUGCAUAUAGCUUUGCACCUGGUACAUUUAUUAAUAAAGAUACUACUCACAAAAAAAAUUCAGAAGAUAGCACUGAAAUUAAAAUAGGGACAGAAGAUACUGCUCAAAAAAUUUUGGAAAAUGACACAACUGCUAAUGUUUCUAAUUUAAACAAAAAUAUAAAGUGCUUCCAACUAGAACAAAUGAUUGUUGAGAAUAUAUUUUCUGAAAUUUUUAGGUUACCACAACCAAAGCGUCUUGAUAUCAUGGAUGUUGAAUGUUGUUAUAGAUUUUGGAAUUGGUUUGCACAUCAUUUGAGUAAUUUUGGGUUCUUAUGGAAUUGGAAAGAUUGGGAAAAUAAUUUAAUGUUAGACCCGUUACAUCCAAAAGUAUGUUUUAUGCGUGAAACAUUAGAAAAAACCAUAAGAUAUAGUUAUUAUGAAAGAAUAAGUUCUACUAUUCCAGAAGAACUUAUGGUGAUAUUUCCAAAAUCAGAACCAUCAACAAAUUUUCGUUAUGAAAAUCCUGAGGAUCCUUUACAUACUGCAGCUACAAAUUUAAUAAGUAAACUCCGAACAAAAUCUUCUAAUAGUGAGGUUUUAAAUUUUUUAGAGGAAUUGCAUAAAGAUUUUCCAUCAUUAGAAUUAGAUCAAGAUACCAAAAUACGUGAUUUAUUCAUACAAUGUGUUUUGAUGUUGGGAAGUAAAAGCUUUAGCCAUGUUUUAAAUGUUAUUGAAAGGUACUUGACAAUUUUACAAUCAUUGAAUGAAACUUUUGAAGCAAAAUUGCACACUGUUAAAAUAGUUGCAGAUUUCUGGGCUAAUAAUACACAGUUUUUAGGGAUAUUACUUGAUAAACUGUUAAAUUAUCGAGUAAUUGAUGCCAUCUCCAUAAUAUCCUGGUUGUUUGCAGAUGAGAUGGAAAAAGACAUUGCCAGGCAAGUAACUGCAAAAUUGGAAAUUUUACAAAAUCCACAUGCUGAUGAUAGUAAAAUUCAAGGAAUUGAUAUAACUUCAGAAGUAAUUGGAGAAAAUAGUGAUGAAAAACAUAAUUUGGAAAAUACUUUAAAUGUUGUGAAAAAAGAACAAAAGGAAGUUUUAAUAAAAAUGUACGAACCACAAUUAUCUACAUUCAUGGUUACAUUGGAAAACAUUGUGAUCACACCAAAUACUGAUCCAAAUAUUUUAAGUGUAUUUGAAAUUGUAAAAGCAAUAGGACACAUGAGAAAUUUGGUGGUUUCUGAAGACAUCUCCUAA